UGUUCGUUAAAGAGGUUGUCCGUAAAAAUGCAAUAUCAAGCUGUCGCAAUUGUUUUCAUGUUGGCAGUUUUACAACAUGGCAGUUGCCUACCUUCGUAUUCAUCGUCAUCAUCAUCAGCUGGCAAUGACAUAGACAUCGAUGGCAACUAUCAAAACUCAGUGGGUGGUGUGGGUCGAGGUGUUGACUAUCACACUGUGGUGGGACAUUUCAAAGAUUUCUUUAUGUAUCUGCCUGUUAUGAUGACCACAUUGAAAGAGACCAUGUCAGGAUUUCCCAAAUUUGCCGAAGGCAUGCGUAUACUUACCUCUGGCAAGGGUCGCAUCGAUGGCGAAGAUUGCAAAUGUAAUCAAAAUUCUUUUACUAGUGGCGCCAGUAGUAAUGAAGUUCUAGAUAGUUCCAGUCGAUUUGGUUAAGAACCAAAAGCUAAUUGACAACUUCUGAAUGGCUAUUUAUUUUGUAUAUAAAUGUUGUAAAUAAAAAAGACAAUU